GGGAUGAGGUUUGGGAAUCUUGUGUGAAAGUGGGUUUGGCUGAGUGGGGAGAAAUCGCUUUGGGUCAUCGCUCAAGAUAUACGAGAGGAUUGCCGACUUUCUGGCUUUGCUCUUCAUCUCUUCGUUGUCAUCCUCGCUGCCAGCUGGAGUCAUCUGCUUCUCGUUAUUGGAUUGUUCGUAUGUCAAGAGUUCUCCCAGUGUCCGGGUUGUGAUCGUUGGAUUCAUGGGAAUCCUCUGCUCUAGGAAAGCUGAAGAGGCUUUUAAAUGAGUGAGGAAACGUCUGAACAUUUCGGACAUUUUUUCCAGACACGGUACUGGUUAGAGUGGCACAUCCUGGUAUCUGAGCUCAAGAACUUUUCAGCAUGAGUCGGGCAUUUAUCAGGAAGAAAGAUAAAUCAUGGAUGCACACUCCAGAGGCACUGGCAAAGCAUUUUAUAGCAUACAAUGCCAAGUUUCUGGGAAGCACUGAGGUUGAUCAGCCCAAAGGAACAGAGGUGGUGAGAGAUGCGGUCCGAAAACUCAAGUUUCAAAGACACAUUAAGAAGUCAGAGGGACAGAAGAUUCCAAAAGUGGAAUUACAAAUCUCAAUAUAUGGCGUGAAGAUAUUGGAUCCUAAGUCAAAGGAUGUGCAGCACAAUUGCCAGUUGCACCGGAUAUCAUUUUGUGCAGAUGAUAAAACAGACAAAAGGAUAUUCACAUUUAUCUGCAAAGACUCAGAAUCCAACAAACAUCUCUGCUACGUGUUCGACAGUGAGAAAUGUGCAGAGGAGAUCACUUUGACUAUUGGCCAAGCAUUUGACUUGGCAUACAAGAAGUUUUUGGAGUCAGGAGGGAAAGAUGUGGAGACCCGCAAACAAAUAGGAAGUCUGCAGAAAAGAAUUCAAGAGCUUGAAACAGAAAACUCAGAAUUGAAAAAACAGCUGCGAGUCCUGGAGGAGCAGCUGCUCACUGCUCAAGUGUCACCUUUGCUUCACAUUAACUCUACUAACGAGGCGUAUAUGCUGCAAAGGCCAUCCUCUCUCUUCUGGUGCCACAACCUGACAUCCUUCUCCUGUCUAGAAAUCUCUUCUGUUACACUAACGCCAAUGAGUUCUCCUGACUCCACCAUGUCCACUGGGGUCCUGACUCCCCCACCUACCAAACCGGCUCUGUCAAAGCCCCCUGUUGGAGAUGGUACCCCUCGGCUUCGUGGAGGUCGCAGCUCAAAAGCUCCCACCGACAUUUUCGACAUGGUUCCCUUCUCUCCAGUGGCUCCUCUGGUUCCGGUCCCAGCCAGCAGUGCCUCACCUCCUCCACCCCCAGCAAGACCUGCAGACAUUAGGAAGGACCUGUUUGGUGCCGAGCCGUUUGACCCGUUCAUCUGCGGGGCGGCCGACUUCCCCCCCGAUAUCCAAUCCCGGCUGGACGAGAUGCAGGAGGGGUUCAAAAUGGGAUUAACAGUAGAGGGUGCUGUUUUUUCCCUCGAUCCUCUAGAUGGUCACUGCUGAUGCCAAGAAGACAUUUUUGUUACUUAACUAUUAACCGAUUUGUAUUAAGUGCCAAACUUGGGUCUACAGUCAAGAUGUCAAUGUUCUCGUCCUGAGAUUUAUAUGUAUUUACAUCUGAAUUUGGUUUACACAAAAAAAAGUAUAUAAAAUCAGAAUUCAAGAUCACUAUUUUUGUAAGAACUGUAAUUGUCAUGUAGUUUUGAGGAUGCUUUCUGUGUACAGGCACUGAAGGAUGUAGAUAUUAAUGGUAUACCCUGUGGCGAAGGGUUCAUAACCAGUAUCAAAACUCACCAUAUUCCUUUACUAAACUUGUCGUGUUCAUACAGACAUCUGUAGGCAAUUUAUUUCAUCAUUAUGGCAGACAAAAGUCCAUUAUAAUGUGGCAUGCAGCAUAACAGUUACUUUUACUUUUUAAAAAUAGUAAUGCAUUAGCAUAUAAUACUGGAAUCUCAAACUCACUUUUUUCUUUUACUAAGAGGAGACCACAUGUUGUAUCCUUUUUAUUGGUAUGGAUUCAUUGUAGUAUUUUCUUAACUGGACAUGAAUAUUUUUGAUGGUUUUAUAACUACAUAUCUAGAUAAUUUUCCAUAAUACUGUGUACUUGUAUUGCAUUUUAAUUUGGUAUUAUAUAUUUUAGUAUAUUCUUGCACCAGGAAGCACUUUGGAAAACCUUUGUCCAUAUGGUAUUUUCUUUGUAUGCAAUAUUUUAGCCUUUGUUGUUGUAGUCAUUAAAGGCAGUACUAUGGAA